CGGCAGUUUUGAAUUGAAGUUGGCGCUGUGAACGUCGUCGGGUUCAGCGCAUCGCACAACGCCAAUCAGAAAACCUGAAGCAAACACACAGCAACAAAGCAAGCUACAUACAUUCUUACAACUCUGCUGCUGGAGUUCUAAAAGAAAAAGAAGUGUUUGAAGACGUACAAAUUUUAUUUUACACGAUAAACAGGGAUAAUUGCUGGAUUUGUACGCAAUAGUGCAGUGGCGCGUUAAAAAGAAAAUUUUUAAAAUUAUUAAGAAAAAUACUUAAUAGUUUAACAAAAAAUGCAUGCAUUUUUUUAAGAAUACUUAAGUUAUAUACAAAGUGAUGAAAGUGCAUUUGCAGCAGACAGCAAAAAUACGGAAUUAGAAAAGUUUCCGAGUGCAGCCCUAUUGAUGAUCCAAUCAUUCCAUGUGCUUUUGUGUUGUAUAAAAAAAAAAAAAUUAUUAACAAUUCAAACAAACUGAGCAUUUCUAGAAACAAAAAAAAAAAACAAAAAACAAAUCGGUGUUAAAUGCGAAUUUUCGAAAAACUGUUUGGUGGUGAAAUUAUUGUGUUAUAAAAGCGUUUGCCAAUAAGAAAAGCACAUUUGUAUAGAAAAUAGCAAACGCCGAAAAGCAUUUUUCGGCUGCUUGAAAACGCAAGUAAACCGUUACUUUAUGUUACGCGCUCAAAGUCGCUGUCGCCGACACGCAUGAUAAUCAACUGCGCAGCCCGAAAAUGUCAAAAGUUCACGUGCUCUGACACCCACGCAAUGCAGAUUGCAAAGAACUUUAUAUAUUGUAAAAAACACAAAAUACAUUAAUUAAAAAACAUAAAACUGUUUAAAAAAUGAACAAACGCAAAUAGAACGAAAACUGAAAGUGCAUGUGCAGUAGGCAGUUAAAAAAUAAAUAAUAACAAUCAGCAUGUCUGCAAGAAGUUGAAACUAUACAAUUAAAACGAAACAAAAAAAAAAAAAUUAGCCACGCAUGUGGCAUAGUGUGAAUAUUAAAAAAAAAUACAUAUAUAUUUACACACGAUUAUUUCAAAAAAGACAGCCAUGCUGAGCUAACGACUAAUUAAGUGUUGCAAGAAACUACCUACUAAAUAUAUACCUACAUACAUAUAUUAUAUUUUCUAAACAUACAUAUAGUAUAUUUUUAAUGGAUUUAUAUUUAUUGUGUGCGAAAGUCCAAACUACAAAAAAGUGUACAAGAACACCACAAUUCUAUUUGCUGAUUUUGAGCUUUUGCUGAUGCUCAGUGGCUAACAAAUUUAUUUAAAAAAAAAAAAACGAGAAAAGUGUUGAAAUUUCUCAAACGCCACCGCAAAGGAUAUUCAUACGGUACAAAAUACGCGCUGCCGAAAAUAUUCGAACCAAAGCGGAAAAUAAACAGACAAGUGCCGUGCAAACUAUAAAAUUGGAUUACACACAAACAUACCUCUCAUAAAAAAAGGAUUAACAUCUAACCAGAAACGUAUACGAAAUCUUCAAAAUGCAUUGGAUUAAAAUUAUAACAGUCACAAUCCUAACGCUCUUUGUCGUUGCCAAUGAGGUUCACAGUUCCGGUUUGUUCGAAUUACGUUUACGUUAUUUCAACAAUGAUUACGGUCGCGAUAGCGAAGGCAAUUGCUGUAGCGGCAUUUCCGAUCCGCAAACUGGCAAAUGUAUCGGUACAUGUAAGACACGGUUUCGCGUUUGCCUCAAACAUUAUCAGGCGAAAAUCGAUACGACAUCACCCUGUACGUAUGGUGAUGUUGUGACGCCGAUACUCGGUGAAAAUUCGGUAAAUCUAACGAAUACGCAAAAAUUCAAAAGUAAAGGCUUCACGAAUCCCAUACAAUUUGCAUUCAAUUUCGCAUGGCCGGGCACGUUCACGUUGAUCGUCGAGGCAUUGCAUGAUACGAACAAUAGCGCUAAUGCGCGUUCAAGCAGCUUACUAAUUCAACGUUUAUCGCUGCAACAAGUGCUCGAAGUAUCACCCGAGUGGAAAACGAAUAAGAGCGAGGCGCAAUACACAUGGUUGGAAUAUGAUUUUCGUGUUACCUGCGAUCCGCAUUACUAUGGUGCAGGCUGUGCGAAUUUGUGUCGUCCACGUGAUGAUCCUUUCGGUCAUUAUACCUGUUCUGAUGGUGGAGAAAUUAUUUGCUUGACUGGUUGGCAGGGUGAUUACUGUGAUAAAGCUGAAUGCACGAAAGGCUGCGAACACGGUCAUUGCGACAAGCCCAAUCAAUGCAUUUGUCAAACCGGUUGGAAGGGACCUCUCUGCAACGAAUGCGAGCCCUACCCGGGCUGCGUACAUGGCACAUGCAACAAACCAUGGAAAUGCAUCUGUAAAGAAGGCUGGGGUGGUCUACUCUGCAAUCAGGAUUUAAACUACUGCACAAAUCAUCGUCCCUGCCAGAACGGCGGCACCUGUUUCAACACUGGACCCGAUUUAUACACCUGCAAAUGCCCACCGAACUUCACCGGUACUGAAUGCCAAAAUGAAAUAACUUCCUGUAAAGAAGGUAAUCCCUGUCAAAAUGGCGGCGCUUGUGUUGAUGACGCCUCUAGUCGUGGCUACAAAUGCCAGUGUCUCAAAGACUGGGGUGGUCCGUUGUGCGAAGAAAGAGUGAUAACGUGUUUGGAUAAACCUUGUCGUCAUGGCAGCUGUCGCAACACCACAAAGGGAUUUCAGUGUGACUGCCCGAGCGGUUAUAGUGGACGGAUCUGUGAGCUGCAUGUGGAUAACUGUAAUCCGAAUCCCUGCCAGAAUGGUGGUAGCUGUUUUAUGACCUCAUUCGGCAAUCAUAAUUGCCAGUGCCGCAGCGGUUUUACCGGCAGCAUGUGUGAACAGAACAUCGAUGACUGUCAGGGCAAUCCCUGUCAUAAUGGCGGCACCUGUAUCGAUAUGAUCAAUCAAUUUCGUUGUCAAUGCGUACCUGGCUACUUGGGCUCAUUGUGCUCGGAUAAGGUCGACUUGUGCUUGACAAAGCCGUGCGCGAAUGGCGGCACCUGCACGAACCUCAACAACGACUACAAAUGUACAUGUCGUGCCGGCUUCACUGGUAAGGACUGUUCGAUUGACAUUGACGAAUGCAUGUCAGCGCCCUGCCGCAACGGUGGCACCUGUGUUAAUCGCGUCAAUAGUUUCCACUGCGUUUGCGCCAACAACUAUCACGGCAAACAGUGUGAGGAGGAGUCCUUUACAUCGGCUUCAUACAAUGCGCGUCCAUAUCAGGCAACACCGCAGCCACGCAGCGAUGGUUUGACAAGCGGACAAGUUUUUCUGAUUGCAAUCCUAUCGGUGGCAAUGCCUGUGGUGGCUGUGAUCGCAGCAUGCGUUGUGGUUUGCAUGAAACGUAAACGAAAGCGUGCGCAGGAGAAGGAUGAUGCCGAGGCGCGCAAACAAAACGAACAGAACGCGGUGGCGACAUUACAUCACAACGCGAACGUUGGCGGUGGCAUGGGUGUUAUGAGCGGAGUGGUCGGUGGUGUUGGCUUGGGUGUGAAACGUACUUCCUCCUCUGGCCUCACAUUCGACAAUUCGAAUCCUAACAUUAUCAAAAAUACAUGGGACAAAUCGGUGAAUAACAUUUCGGCCUCGGCGAGCACAGACGACUGUCUCAACACAUCACUCUACGGCAGUGCGCUGGCUAACUAUGCAGCAGAUAACAACGCCAACUCUGAAUAUUGCGGUGUCGGUCAAAUAGCGCCACUGCAACGCGCCAAAUCACAAAAGCAACUCAACACAGACCCCACCCUCAUGCAUCGUGCCUCACAACUCCUGCAUAGCGCCGCAAGCGCCGUAGCUGGUGUUAGCGCUACUGCUGUCGCUGGCAAUGGUGGUGUUGGUGGUGGUGCCGGCAUGAACGGCGUAGUGGGUGGCGCUAAUGGCGCUGUUGGUGGCGGUGGUGGUGCAACCAAAGAAUAUGCCAUACAUGGCAACAGCGCCGGCGAAGGUAAACGCAUAUCGGUGUUGGGCGAGAACGCCUAUUGCAGUCAACGGUGGCCAUCAUCGGCGGCAGCAGGUGUGACUGGUGGUUGCGCGUCACAAAUGCUGGCUGCCUCUGCAGCAGCAGCGGCGGCGGCGGCGGGGAGUAGUUCAGCGGCAGCGUCCGCAGCGCAUCAGCAGCAACAACAGGUGCGCGCCGUGAUGUGUGGCACGCCGCAUAUGUGAGCGACGCGCGGCUGCCGCGCUGGUGAGCAGUUUUUGGCUGUGGCGUCAACUGAGAUGGGCGCGCGCGGUAGGCUACGCGUGCGUGCAUUUGUGGCGCGCUGGUGGGGGCACGCUUAGUGAGUGAGCUUAACGAGCCGCUGUAUAUUUGCUGCGAAAUUUCUCAAGAGAAAACCACACGCGUUUUUUUUUUUAAAUUCAUUUCAAUUUUAAUUUACAAUUUUUAUGCUAAUACGCGUAUAAGCAAGUAUUUUUAGGCAAAAUUGUGCUGCUACCUUUUCAACUACAUACAUAUAUAUAUAUAUAUAUAUAUAUAAAUAACUUAUAAUUUUGUAAAUUUUCGCUGAUGAAAUGGACUGACGUUAAUAAGGAAUUUAUUGUAAAAAGCCGUAUAAAUUAUUUAAAAUUAAUUAGACUAGACUUAAGACAUUUACUUGUGCGAAUGAACGCGCGAGAUCGUGUACGAAUCGGAAGACGUGAAGAUUUUUUUUAUAAUUUUCUUUUAAUUAAAUUUCCAUGUACGUGUGUGCAUAUGUAGAAUUUACGGGAGGAGAAAGAACGACCUUAGUGUUAUGAAAUUUUUUUUUUAAUUGUUUAAUUAACUUACUAAAUUGUAAUAUUUACUAAGCGAAAACAUACAAUUGACGCAUUCCGCAAUUAGCAAACGACGAGUAUUUUUUUAUAUGACGCAGCCACACAAGAAGAGAAGAAAAACAUUAAGAAAAACACAGAUUCUAAGUACGAUUUCGAUUAUGUUUAAUAGAAGAUUUUCGCAUUUAACCAAGAAAAAAGCUUAGUAAUUGCAAACAGUUUAAAUAAUAUAUAUAUAUAUUUUUUUUUUUUUUACUUUGAUAUUUUUCCGGUUGGAGUGCGCUGAUUGCUGUGACGAUCUUUGAUGCAUUAACGAAUUAGUAAUUAAAAAAAAAAAACACACACACACUUAAAAAUGACAAAGCCGCUCUAAUGAACCUUAAACGAAAACAAAAAGACAAAAAUGCUUGUAAACUUGACUUUUUUAAUUUUUGCAUGCGUUUGAAAACGAAAUCCAAGUGUUUCGAAAAUAAAUAUAUUUUUUAUAUAUAUUUUUUAUGUAAUAUUUGAAAAGCACUAAAAAUGCCAUUUUUCGAUAUUUUGUAAAUAUAAAAAUUUUCAAAUUUCUUUGCAUAUUUAAAAAAACAAAAAAAAUAAUAAUAAUAAUAUUUUGUGCUUAUAAAGUUUUUGAAUUAGACAAAGAAAAGAAAUGAAUGACCUGUAUAUAUUAGUCUUAGAUUAGACACUUUCGACUCUGCAUAAAUGUUAGUUUAUUAACAACAAAAAAAAAAUUCUCAAUUUUUCAAUUUAUUUUAAAGGUGUUUGUAGUUUUUGUAAGGGCAAGAAAUGGGCGCCAAAUUAUAAUUUUCUGAAGACGAAAAAUAAAAAAAAAAUAUACAAAGCAACUAGUUUUCGAAAUUGAAGUUUUGUACUAAAAAUCUUAAGUAAAAAACAAAAAGAUUUGAACAAAUAAAAAAUUAAAAACAAAUUAUUUGUUUAGAAAAAAAAAAUUAUUUAUUUUGAAAAAGAUAAUAAUUUAGCGUUUGGUAACACAAAUAUGCUUACGGUAUUUAAAUUUUAUAGACACACGGCGCUAAUUUGAACUCAAAAACAUAUUAACGCUGAGUGUUUGAAUGUUACUUUGUAAGUAUAGAAAGAAAGUUGCAUUUAACUCUAACUUUGCUAUUAAAUUGACUAUUUUAAGCUAUCCAUUACAAAAAAAAAAAAAAUAUUUUUAUUCUCCUUUUUUUUUAUAAAUAUUUCUUAAAAUAUAUUUAAAAUUUUUUUUUUUAUUUUUCCACUGCAAAACUUUGAGACUACGUUUUUUGGCCUUACAAAACACGCACACACACACACACACACCUAUCUAACGCACUCUAGCUAAUUAGUUACAUUUAUUUAUAAAUUUUUUUUUUACAUAUUUGUAUGCCACUUUAGUAUAAAUUUUGUCUUAAGUAAGUAGUAUACAAAAGCAAAACAAACAAACCAAUAAAUUAAAAUUAGACACCUAUAAAAGUGAAGACAAAACUAUACUAUAAUAAUAAUAACGAAAAAAAAAAUGAAAAAAGUUAUUAGUGAUGCCACUUAUUCCUAAAAAUUAAAAAACUUAUCUAUCUACGCUAUUUUUAUUUAUAUACAUGCAUACAUAUUUAGUUAAACUAUUAGAAAUCGAGUAAAUAAAGAACAACGAAAUCUAAAAAGUUCAAAAAAAAAAAAAUAAAUAAAAAAAUUGCAUUUACUUUUGACAUUUUGGCCUAUCUUGUAUAAAUAAAACUGAAUUACAAAAACAAAAAAAUUAAGAAAAAAAAUUGUGUGUUACACUUUUCAUAAUACAAUUAGUUUUUGAAAAAAAGUUUACAUAACUUCUUUACAACAAAUGUGGCAUGAAAUUGAGUUCAAUACAAUUUUAACGAAAUGUUAACGCGCACACAGACCGCCGACACACAUACAUACAUACAAUGCGUAUUGCAUUUUGAGCGUUGCAAUUGAGCGCUUCACAAGCGACAAAGCACAAAUUUGAAUUGGAAAGCACACACACACACACAUACAAUAGCAAAUCCACACAUAUACAUAAAUAAUCUAAACAAAAUUUACCGUAACAAUGUAUUGAAUUUAUUAAUUUGUAAGCACAAAUUGUAUGAGAAUGAAAUGUUUGAACUUCUUCGCACAGCAGUCUAUUAAGUAAAAAAAAAGAAUAAAAAUGUACAACCACAGCAGGAUAAAACAAAAAAUUAUUUCUUUAUUUCGAAACAACUCGUAGCGAAAUUCUGUAAAAUCUAAAGUAAUUAAUUGUGAAAUAAAUGCAAAAAAAAAACAUAAAUAAAUAAAAUAUUUCAAUUUAAAAAAAAGCAUGUAUUGUGCAAGUUAAGUGCAAACCACCACAUAUAUAUAUUUAUAUGUAUUUAUGUAUGUGUGCAUAUAUACUCACAAAAUGUAAUGUAUAACUAUGAUCUGUUCUAUGGCAAGACUAGCAAAUAGUAGCAAGUAAA